AUGCAGUUCUACCAACCCGCUACGGUCAAAAACGUGUCCCUGGUCAUUUUCGAUAGAGCUGUUUCGGAUAAGGAUGCCGAAGAGUUCUAUGGUGCGCUAGCCAGAGCCGGGCGAGAACGUGGAAUGGAUGUACAACAGAACAGCGCGAAAAUCACUCAUUUAUCCUCAGAACUCGAUAGUGAAAUUGAAGAGCAUUUCAGGUCCUGCUCUGGGAAGGUCUCCAUGAUUAUGUGCAUCACGAGGGAAAAGAAAGAUCCUGUUCAUGACUUCGUGAAACUACUUGAAGCGAGACAUAAGGUGCUCACUCAGCAUGUUUGCAGACAAACGGCGUUGGCAUGCAGCGGAAGGGGUGGAGCAAAGACUCUCGAAAAUGUUUUGCUGAAGUUCAACGUUAAAAAUGGAGGGGUCAAUCACACGGUAUCUGCAGCCAGGGCGGCGCUUGGAGGAGGAACCACUCAACAGGACAUAAAUGGGCGGUUGUUUAGCGGUAAAAUGUUUGUCGGAUUUGAGCUGUCGCAUGCAGCAGCGCAAAGUUUCUACGAUCGCCAAGUAGCGGAAAAAGUGAAGGAGCCAACCGUGGUUGGGUUUGCAUACUCAGCCGGACAACCUACUGACUAUGGUGGUUUUUGGUGGUAUCAAGAGCCACGGCUGCACACUAUUCUGUACCUCCGAGAUCAUUUCCAUCGUGCUUUUAUGGACUACCACAGGAAAAAUAAACGCUUGCCCACGGAAGUAGUAGUAUACAGAUCGGGAACGAGUGAAGGAGAAUUUUCGGAGGUUGAGAAGGAGGCAAACGAUAUUCGAGCUGUUGCUGAGAAACUGUCUCACUUGAAUAAUGGCAGGCCAUACUGUCCAAAAGUAGCAAUCAUCGUUGCCCAGACUAACAGCAAUUAUAGGAUAAUGCCUGCUUCUAUGCCGCAGAGCAACGGUGGUCGAAUGAGAGCUUCCGAUUAUAACGUCCCAUCAGGAACAUGCGCAGACACUGGCAUAACUCACCCACGGCUCCGAGAGUUUAUCAUGACGUCUCAGCAAGCUAACAUUGGAACUUCUCGCCCUACCCGGUAUACAAUCGUUGUUGAGGAUAAGCCCCAGAUGUCUUUAACAGAUGCAGAACAUAUCACACAUUUCCUUUGUCAUGGUCACCAGCAAUCAACCCUACCUACACACGUGCCAGCAGUUCUGUAUGCCGCUGAGAAUCUAGCGAAACGAGGCCGUGCUGCCUGGAAAGCUAAAUUGUAA